AUGGACAUCACUCAGGCAUCCAAGAAGGAGGCGCUUAGGAGAAAGUGCGACGUUCUGUGGUUUUGGUCCUUAAAGAGCCUCGCGAGGCCGAAGCUGCUGCCAAGGCUGGGCAAACCACACAUUGCAUCGCCUUGCGCCAGUGACGUAGUGGAGGCUCCUUGCAUUGCGUUCGCUCUGCGUUCGCUCUUUCAGGAGGGUCGACUCCUGGGAUCCUUGCGGCAUCCUUUCGUUGUCCGUUACCGCGACAGCUUUUGUGAGGCUGGCGUGCUGUGCAUCAUCAUGGACUUCUGCGAAGGCGGAGAGCUUGCCCGACAGAUCCGAAGGGCAAGACGCAAUCAUCAGAGGCCGUACUGUUCUUGGGGCAUUCAUGGGCCAUGCCGCAAAUUUUUUCGAGCCUCCGGGUUCGCCAGGUUUGCUCCCAACCGUGUGGGGUUGACAUCAGUUGACAUCUGGCAAUGA